UACUGCAUGUCUGAUUCCAACACAACCGACUUCACAAACCCCUCCACCUUCAUCCUGCUGGGUAUUCCUGGGCUGGAGGCAGCGUAUGUCUGGAUCUCCAUCCCUUUCUGCACCAUGUACACCAUAGCCAUCUUGGGGAACUUCACCAUCCUGUUCAUUGUGAAGAUGGAGCCAACCCUCCAUGGGCUCAUGUACUAUUUCCUCUGCAUGCUGGCCGUCUUUUGGUUCAAUUCCAGGGAAACUGAUUUCAGUGCCUGCCUCACCCAGAUGUACUUCAUUCACUGCUUCUUAGCGAUGGAGUCUGGCAUAUUUGUGGCCAUGGCUUUUGAUCAUUAUGUGGCCAUCUGUGAUCCUCUGAGACAUUCCACCACCCUGACUAACCCUUUGGUGGCCAAGAUCAGCCUUGCCGUGGUGCUGCGUGGCGGCAUGUUCAUACUGCCCUAUCCUUUCCUGGCAAGGCAGUGGCCAUAUUGCAGAACCAACAUCAUCCACCACUCAUACUGUGAACACAUGGCUGUGUUGAAGCUGGCCUGUGCUGACAUCCGUGUCAGUAGUUACUACGGCCUCUUUCUGGUCUUCUUGGUCAUUGGUCUGGAUGUGUUUUGUAUUGCCUUGUCCUAUACCGAGAUCCUCAGGGCCAUCUUCAGACUCCCCACAAAGGAAGCCCGGCUCAAGACUUUUGGGACCUGCAUCUCCCACCUCUGUGUUAUCUUAACCUUUUAUAUCCCAGCUCUCUUCUCCUUCCUCACACACCGGUUUGGCCACAAUGUGCCCCUGCAUUUCCACAUUCUCGUUGCCAACAUAUACCAUCUGGUGCCCCCCAUGCUAAACCCAGUCAUCUACGGUGUAAGGACCAGACAGAUCCGGGACAGGCUCCUCCGGCUUUGUGGAACUUGUUACUCAUAA